GUAAAUAUAUGCCUUUGAGUGACAGAAACAUAUAUGUUCGGCAAACAGAUCGAACAGUUAUACCAAAUACUGUAGCUGAAUACCAAAACGAAUAGACAAACGUGAAAGUAAUAGUAAAAUAACCCCCGUUUGUCUUGUUUUAAUCCGUCUAUCCGCCUGUGUGCGCGCGCUGGGAAAAUACAGUCGGGCUGCGCGCGUCUGCGUAUCUAUGCACGUAGAUCAAAAGUAAACUACAAGCGAAAAGGGAAAGGGUUUUUAUUUUAAAAAAUGUAACUGGAAAACCCACGCAUAAACGCAAUUUUAUGAAUAGCAAGGUAUUGUGUCGAAAACGCCUGGAACCAAAGUGAGAUAAAGCAUCUUGCCACAACUGCUAAAAUUGCAAAGAAAAAUCAACAGCAAAAAGAACAUCUGAAUAGAACCAGACAAGAAGACGGAUCAUGUUUGUUCCUUUGCCGGUGCCGUUUGUCUUGCCGAGAACUGCCUCUGAUCUCCACGCCUGGCGCCUCAAGUCGCCGCUGGCUCUGCGCUCUCACUCCGAUAUCAGAAUGUCAAAGCCAAUAGAGGUUGAGAAUCCAGCGGCAGACUCACCGAUGGAGAGCACAGCCUCCGAAAGAAAUGGCUCAGAUUCAAAUAAUCAGCUUCAGCCAAUGAAAAUCAGUCCUUUCUCUCUUUCUCCCACACUGAGCAGCAGCACCAAGACUAAGGUGGAGGAUUGUGGUGAGAUGUCUCGCGCUGCUGUACAAACUCCACCUGCUCAGACGCCCCUUCCUCACACACAGCUGAUGCUAACGGGUGGUCAGCUCGCAGGGUUGACUGCACUUUUGCCAGCACAGCAACAGCUGCUCUUACAGCAGGCGCAGCUCCUCGCUGCAGCUGUGCAGCAGUCGCAUGUGGCCCACGCGGCCAAUCAACAGCAAGCCCAGCAGCAGGCAGCUCAGCCGCAGUCACAGGGCCAAUCGCAGAGCACACAGGAACAAAACGCCGCCCCUGUCCCGCCGCCUCCUCCUCACCAGCUUCCUCUUUCUCAGCCAAUCCAGCUCACUGCGCAGGACAUUCAGCAGUUGUUGCAGCUGCAACAGUUAGUCCUCGUUCCUGGACACACUCUGCCUUCACCCGCACAGUUUCUUUUACCACAAACACAGCAAGGGCAGCAAGGGCUGCUAUCAACGCCAAAUCUAAUAUCACUACCUCAGCAAAACCAAGGAAGCCUGCUGGCUGCUCCACACAGACUUAGUCUUCAAGCACAGAGGGAGAAGGUUGCAGAGAGCAGCGUGAACACAGUGACUCCGGUGACCACUCAUCCCGAAGAGCCCAGUGAUCUGGAGGAACUGGAGCAAUUUGCCCGCACAUUCAAACAGAGAAGGAUCAAACUGGGCUUCACACAGGGAGAUGUGGGAUUGGCCAUGGGGAAGCUCUAUGGGAACGAUUUCAGUCAGACCACCAUCUCUCGAUUUGAGGCGCUCAAUCUCAGCUUCAAGAACAUGUGCAAACUUAAACCUCUGUUGGAGAAGUGGCUGACUGACGCAGAAACAAUGACGAUGGACAGCAUCUUGCCAAGUCCCAGUGCUCUUUCCUCUCCCUUGCUGGGGUUUGAGGGCCUGCCUGGCCGCCGUAGGAAGAAACGCACCAGCAUUGAGACCAACAUCCGCGUCGCUCUGGAACGCAGCUUCAUCACGAACCAGAAGCCUGCCUCAGAGGAGAUCCUGCUCAUCGCCGAAAAGCUCAAUAUGGAGAAGGAGGUGAUCCGCGUCUGGUUCUGCAACCGCCGACAGAAAGAGAAACGUAUUAACCCCUCCAGUGCCACCCCUCCCUUGCCCAGCCAACCCCAGCCCACCUUGCACAAACCCCUCUGCUACAGCCCGCACAUGAUGACCAGUCAGGGACCAUCGCAGACAGUGAGCAGUCUCGGUACAGCAGAUACCCCUCCGACUCACAGUACACUAAGUCUGAACACAGGUUCAUGGCAUAAAAAGAAUGGUGACGUUUCUAACUACAUCAAUGACUUUGCUGCACAUUUGAGGAAUACGAUGAGGGGACUUAACACAGGAAUGAGCCAAGCUCUUCUUGUCAGCAACCCACUUGCUACUAUCCAAGCUCUAGCAGCCAGUGGUGGCCAGCUGCCCAUUUCCAGUCUUGAGGGCAGCAGCAAGGUGUUAAUUGGGGGUUCUGGAGGCCAAGGAGCAGGUCUCCCCUCUUCCCUCUUUCUCAACCACUCCUCUUUGUUGCCCAUGGCAACAGGCACCGGCAUGGGAUUGGGCAGUUCAGUUCUUGCCAGAACCUCAUUUCCUGUCACAGGCGGCAUGAGUCCCUCCCCUUGCUCGAGCCCCAUCUCUUCCUGCUCUUCCGGUGAUUUGCUACACAGCCCACACUCGAUUGGAGGGGCUAAAAUCGAGUGACGUUGCCCAAGGCCAAUCACAGGAGGAGGAGAAGGAGGAGAUGAAACCUUACCUGUCAACCAAAGCAUCUCUUGAUCCCCUCGCUCCCUUUCGUUCCCUCUUGUUCACACUCUCUCUCUUCCGCUCUCCCGCUCUACUGAUGCCAAAAAUAUACAGAGUAAAAGAGGGGAGAGAUGGAGAGAUGGAGUGGAAGCAGGAAGGAAGAGGAGAGGAGGGAAAACGAAACCAAAAAAACACCAUGCGGCUUAGCUGGACGCAGCCAAAUACAUAAAUAAAAGGAGAAUAAUAAACUAUGUAGUGCAGUAAGAAGAGGACAAAGAGAUCCUUGAGCACCAAAAACAACAAAGAGAACAAACUUUACUGUGUGUUAAAGAACGCUUUGAAGCAUACAUGUGGAGUACUGAAUGCCAAAAAGUAUAAUGGAACUUUGAGAGUCUCACUAUGACAAAAAAAUACAAGCAUACCAAAAUCUCAAAUACCAAAAACAAACACCAAAAAUACGGAUGGAAAAGCUUUAUCCAAAGGACCUGUAAAUAGCCAACCGUCCAGGACCAGACCCAGUGACAACAAUCCAGCCAUCUCUGAGCUCAUCAUCUUAUCUGCCAUGCAAUCACAUCAUGUUUUUUAUGAUUUCAUUUUAAUCAUGAACGAGCCAGA